GUUUUCUGAAAGUGACAGCUUGGAGCCUCAACUUAUGACUCACAGCCAGUUUCUUUUCCUUCUUUAAUUAAGCAAGUUGACUAAGAUUUGGUGGCCAACUUUGAUUUCUCUUCUUGACCGCCAAUUGUAGGAUGUUGAUUAUUCAACACCAACCCCUUUGAUCUGCCCAAUCCCCUUCAAACUACAAACCUAUUCUGGUCGUAGCUCCAUCGACAUAGUCAUUUGUCGUUGCACGCGGUGGCCACCCAUUGCUGGAGCUGAGUUCACAUGCCUACACCGUGAACCGCCGAAACUAGCGCUCUUCCCCCUGCUCAUCGGUGUUUUCUUCUUGUUCGCCCCAACCUAGCGCCCGUGCUUGUUGGAUUGCUGUUCUUGAUUCAAUCCCGUUCACCGGUCAGCUCCAGGAAGUCUACUCGGAAUAGCCGUGGCCACCCAUUGCCGGAGCUGAAUUCGCAUGCAUACACUGUGAACCACCAAACCCGGUGCUUGUCCCUUACUCAACAGUGUUCUCCUACUGCUUGUCCAAACCUAGCGCUCGUGCUUGCCAGACUGCUGUUGUUGAUCUGAUCCCAUUCGUCAGGUUAGCUCCAAGAAGUCUACUCGAAAUAGUGCUCUCCUCCUGCUCGUGCUUGCUGGAUUGCUGUCGUUGAUCUAAUCCUGUUCACCGGUCUGCUCCAGGAAUUCUACCCAAAACAGUUGACGGAUACACCCAUGGCCAUUGGGGAGAUCCUUUUGAGUGCCUUCCUUCAGGUCCUGUAUGAGAAGUUGGCUUCUCUGGUAUUGGACUAUGCGCAAAGGGAAGAAGCACCGCCCUUCUUUGGAAUCGGCAUCGACCUGCUCAAUAAGUGGAAGAAGAUUCUGGACACAAUCAAUGCAGUGCUGGAUGAUGCAGAGGACAAACAACUGAGCGGUGAAGGUCCAGUCAAGUUGUGGCUGGACGAUGUUAGGGACUUGGCCUAUGACAUGGAAGACUUGCUCGAUGAGUUUUUGAGCGAAGCCACUCAGGCCAAGUCAGAAGCAGAUUCCAGCACAAGCAGAGGUCAGGUGAAGUUCUAUUUUUUUAGCCAACAUAAGUCUUCCAGAUCAAAUCUGAAACCACGCUCGCUUGUGUCUGAAACUGAGGUACAGAAGAUCGAUGGCAGGUUGGAGGAUAUUGUCUCCAGGAAGGCUUAUCUAAGCUUGAUAGAGAAUGUUGUGGGCAAAACUGACUACACUAACAAUAGGCCCCAGAGCACUUGUCUGCGGGAGACUCAGUUUUUCGGCAGGGAGAAGGAGGAAGCAGAGAUACUCAAACUGUUGAAUGGUGAAGCCAAAGAUUCUGAUGCCAUGCUGAGCAUACUCCCCAUAGUUGGGAUGGGCGGUGUUGGCAAGACAGCCUUGGCUCAGAGGCUGUAUAAUGAUGCCAAUGUAAGCAGCUGUUUCGAGAGGAGAGCAUGGGUUUGUGUUUCGGAUGUUUUUGAUGUUCUCAACAUAACAAAGACUAUUUUGCAGUCGAUCACCGAGUUGUCUUGCGAGGACAAAGAUCUUAACUGGCUUCAAUCUAAGUUGAAGGACAAUCUAUCAGGGAAGAAGUUUCUUGUGGUUUUAGAUGAUGUUUGGAAUGAGAAGUACGGAGAAUGGACUGCCUUCUUAAAGCCAUUUGAAGUGGUCGCUAAGGGAAGCAAGAUCAUUGUUACAACUCGCAACUAUUCGGUUGUUUCCUUAACAGGAGCUUCGCCGUAUCCUUUGGAGGAGUUGUCCGUUGAUAAUUGUACAUGCUUAUUAGCCUGUCAUGCUCUUGGAGCAUCAAAUUUUGAGGGGCACCCAGAUCUUGAAGGAAUAGGCAAGAAAAUGGCUGAAAAAUGUAGAGGCUUACCUUUGGCAGCAAAGAUGUUGGGCGGUGCCCUAUGUAAUGAAAGGAACCAAGAUAAAUGGGCAGCUAUAUUAAAUAAUAGAAUGUGGGAUCUUCCGACAGAAAAAAAUGAUGAGGUUCUCCUAGUUUUGAAAUUGAGCUAUGCCCAUCUUCCUUCUUAUUUGAAGAGAUGUUUUGCAUAUUGUGCGGUGUUUCCCAAGGAUUACGAAAUUGAGAGGGAUGAGCUGGUACUCUUAUGGAUAGCGGAGGGCUUUUUAGAUGGACAAACAGCAGAGGAGAAUAACUUGAGAUUAGGACGGAGUUACUUCGAUGAGUUAGUAUCCAGAUCAUUUCUUCAACAAGCAAAUGUCGACGUAUCUAAGUUUUCAAUGCAUGAUCUUUUGAAUGAUCUAGCAAAGUCAAUUGCUGGUGCGACUUGUUUUAGCUCAGGGGAGUCUCAGCUAGCAGGUAGCGAACAUGAUGCCUCAUCUCUUGAAAAAACUCGUCAUGCAUCAUUCGCCUCGUCAUGCUAUGUUACAUCACAAUGCAUGAAAGCAUAUCACCGAAUGAAGGUACUAAGAAGUUUAAUUCUAGCGCGUUUUGGAUCUGGAGGGAACACAAGCAAAUUCUGUAUUUCCAACAAGGUUCUACAUGACCUUCUAAAAGAAUUGAAGUACUUGAGGGUGCUCUCAGUAUCUCAUUGCUCCAUCAUAGAGGUGCCGAACUGUAUUAGUGAUUUAAAACAUCUUCGAUAUCUCAAUUUCUCGUACACUGACAUUGUAAUGCUACCCGAGUCGAUUGUUGGCUUACGCAAAUUACAAGCUUUGAUCUUAAGAGGUUGUCAAAAGCUUUCUAUGUUGCCUCCAUGUAUCACAAAAAUGGUCAGCCUACAGUUUCUUGACAUUAGAGAUACAAGAAGUUUAAAAGAGAUGCCAUUGGGAAUUAGUAAUUUGAAGAAUCUUAUUGUCUUGUCCAAGUUUGUGGUUGGACAAGAGAAAGGUUCGUUGUUAAGGGAGUUAAGAAACUUGCCACAUCUUCAAGGUGAAUUAUCUAUAUCAGAAUUGCAAAAGGUGGAAGAAGUUAGAGAAGCACGUGAUGCUAAUUUGUCUGGAAAACACGGCCUUAGCAACUUAUUAUUGCAUUGGGAUGAAGAUUCUGGAAUUCUUAGGAAUGACAAGCGCGAAUCACAAGUGCUUGACUAUGUGCAACCUCACACUAAUCUCGAAAAUCUCACACUCUCAUACUAUCUUGGGGCAAUAUUCCCAUCAUGGUUAGAUGGUCCAUUCUAUUCUAAGAUAGUAUCUUUGUGCUUGCGGGGCUGUCGUAAUGUUACGUUGCUGCCUUCUCUUGGACAACUACCUACACUUAGAGAAUUAUCUGUCGAAGGUCUACAUGCAGUAAGGAUGAUAGGCUCUGAAAUUUACGAAAGUAAAAAGCCUUUUUCAUCCUUAACCACUUUGAAGUUCGAAGACAUGUUGGCGUGGAAGGAUUGGUCUCCUUAUGCCCAAGGGCCAGAAGAAGUCCCAUUCUCUUGUCUCCAGCAUCUUGUUGUCCGGAGCUGUCCUUCAUUGGUCGGGACAUUGCCUUGUCAACUUGAUCGUCUCAUAAAGCUUGAAAUCCGUUCUUGCCCGCAUUUGGAUAACUCUACCAAUGAGGUUUGUCUUCCAUCUCUCCGUGAGCUAUACCUUGAGGAUUGUAACAAGGAGAUCCUAAAGAUCUUGGUCAACCUAACUUCUUUGACUAUUCUUAGAAUUGAAAAUAUUGCUGAGCUUGUUUGCUUUGAUCAUGGGUAUAUGAGUGGCUUGGUCAAGCUAAAGGAGCUUCAUAUAGGAAGGUUUGACAAGCUAACAUACUUCUGGCAAGAUGGAAAUGAGAUGCUAAAUCUUGCUAGCCUCCAGGAAUUAGCCAUCGAAAGAUGCCCUCGUUUCACUUCUUUUGUGGCAGGAGAAGGAUAAAUAGAGCUACCUUGCAACCUUGAAAGGAUGGAAUUGAGGAAUUGCAUGAGUUUAGAAAAGCUUCCAAGCAAGAUGCGCGCACUGAGACGUUUGAGGAUUGAGUAUUGUCCGAAAAUAAAGGGACUAACCACUCAAUUUGCUGCUCUGAAGGAGCUUGAAAUAAGGGACUACGAGGGAGUGGAGUCGCUGGAACAGAUCAGCAUAGAAUCGCUAGAAUCUUUGAGUGUUUACGGAUGUAAGAAUCUGGGAAGCCUAUCACAGUGCCUUCGCGCGCUCUCCAAUCUCACUGAAUUAUAUAUCGAGGAAUGUCCAGCAUUGGAGAUAGAGGACUUCCCUGCCCUUCCCAUCACCCUCUCAUAUUUCUAUCUCGAUAAUUGUCCGAAGAUAAAGUCUCUACCAAGUCAGUGGCAUCAUCUUACAUCCCUCCAGAGGCUACACAUU